AUAAAUCCAUCAACGCCUACUGGAGCAUAGCUAUGGGGGUUCCAGUUCAAGACCGAAUCCCAGAGAGUAAAAAACCCACAGUAUAGAAUAUUUCUGCACAUUGAUUAAUUUUCAAAAAUGGAAAACGACAAUGAAUCAUCGUCCAGGUAUUUUCGACUCCAAGGGCUUUCAGGAAACCCUCAGAUUCAGGCUUUCAUGUUCUUUUUGUUUUUAAUAAUCUACCUUCUAACUCUUGUAGGAAACUCUGCCAUUGUGGCCAGCCUACAGCUGAAUCCAAACCUUUGCAGCCCAAUGUACUUUUUUCUAGGUCAGCUGUCUUUCUUAGACAUGUGCUACGUCACAGUGACCAUCCCCAAGAUGCUGGACAACCUUCUUUUGGGAAGUCAGGUGAUCUCGUAUAGCGGCUGUUUCACCCAACUUUUCUUCUUCAUUUCAUUCGGCCAAUCCGAGAGCUUCCUACUAGCUGUGAUGGCUUACGACCGCUACGCCGCCAUCUGUCACCCGCUACACUAUGCGGACAUCAUAAGUCAAAGGGUUUGUAUCCAGCUCACUGUGUUCUCCUGGUUGACAGGAGUUUUGAACUCGGUCCUCCAUACUGGUUUGGCAGCUCGCUUAUCAUUUUGUUCAUCGCACGAGAUUUCACAUUUCUUCUGUGACAUAACACCUUUGCUAAGGAUCUCCUGCGUCAGCACCUUUGUCAACGAAGUCGUGAUAUUUGUAGCAGGAAUCUUUGUGGUGUUCACACCUUUCCUAUGUAUUCUAGUCUCCUACGUUCACAUCAUCAUAGCAAUCCUUAUGAUCCCAUCAGCCAAAGGUCGGCAGAAGACUUUCUCCACCUGCAGUUCACAUCUCGGGGUGGUCUGUAUGUUCUACGGUACAAUUCUUCUAAUGUACAUGCGCCCUGUAUCUUACGCCCAAGACCAUGAUAAAAUAUUUGCUGUGUUGUACACCUUUAUCACACCCUUACUAAACCCAUUUAUAUACGGCUUGAGGAACAGGGAGAUUAAGGAAACUUUCAAAAAGAGUAAUUGGAAAGCAUUAUUAGCGGUUCGCACUUAUUAA